GCCUGCUCUCUUUUUUGCCUUGGGUUUUCUUUUUAUUUAAAAAUUCCAUGAUGAUUUGUACUUGUUUGCGUCUGAAUAUGGUGUUUUUGGUUUGACUUUGGAGUGAAAGUUUGGAUUUUUUAUUGAAUGGGGUAUUGAGGAAAUGAGCAUGGAUUUUGGGUUGAAAAAGAAAGGGACUUUAGAGAUAUGUAGUGGUUCUCAUAGACUGUUGAAAAUUUGUUUUGUAUUUUGAUGAGCAUUCCAGUCAUCAAGGUAAAGACUGUGGAUUUGUUUCUGAUGAACGUGAAGCAGUGAGUGCCUUCUCUUUCCUUUAUUUAGGUUGCUUUUGGACUAAUUCCAUGUGGGUUUGUAGUUUCUGGCAUGUAAAUAUGGGGUUUUGGUUUUUUAUGAAUUGAUAGUUGGUUUCUAUCAAGUGGAAUAGGUCUUUGAGGAAUUCAUGAGAUGCACAUUGAUGGAGUUUAUGUUGAACAAAUGGGCAAUGCGGAGAGAAUGGGGAGUUCAGGAGAUGCGUUUGGGUUAAAAAAGACGGAUUUCAGAGCGCUUAUGAUGGAUCUGGAGUAUGUGAUUAUGAUAGCGUGUGCAUUUGUGGAAUAUACAAUAGAGCUUGCUAUCUUCCCGGCAUUGAAAAAUCAGUGGCUCAGCAAAGCUGGCUUGGUAAUGGUCCUAGUCGGGGAGGCUAUAAGAAAAAUCAGUAUAUUGACUGCAGGCCGUGCCUUCACGCACACCAUCAGAACUCAUCAUGAAGAUCAUCACAAGUUGAUAACUCAUGGAAUUUAUAAGUUCAUGCGACAUCCCGGCUAUUGUGGUUAUUUCAUCACGGCUGCCGGGACUCAGGUUUUGCUCUGCAAUCCCAUAUGCAUAGUUCCUAUUGUAGUUGGCACUUGGCAAUUCUUUAGUUCUCGUAUUCAAUAUGAGGAAUUGUUUUUGAGACAGUUCUUUGGGCCUCGAUAUGAAGAGUAUUGUAAUAGAGUUCCUUCUGGUCUUCCUUUUGUAAAGUGAAAUCCUGCAAAAGCUGAAGAUUUUCAACUUCCUUCGCUUGUCUGUGUAUAUUGGGUGAUGAAUACGUCUGUAUGUUAUGCGUGGAGCUGCGGCUGUUGAGUGUGAAAGGAAGGUUUGUACUGUCUGCUGUUCCUUCUAGUUAUUAUAGUGGCCAAUUGGAUUCUCAACAUGCUCUUUCAAGUUGGAAGAUUCCUUGUGAUGCAUUUUCAGAAGGCAUGCUCUCCCGUUCAAGAUCUGGUCAUCAUCUUUUUCCUGCUUUUUUUUUUUUACAUUAUGUUGAACUGAAAUCUGUUUUGUUUAUUUCUUUUGGUGCAAAUUGUAUGUGAUCCAUGGAAUUGGGCUUGAAGCACUUUUUGAAUGUAAAUUAUGCAGUAAGGAUUUUAUGGCUAUAUAUAUAUAUAUUAUGACUUA